AUGGCUCCUCCUUCAGAAGACACAUUGACAAAGGUUUCUACGGAUGCGGCAACCGACUUUGUUCAGUCCUUCUACCCUGCCCUCGAGAACAACCGUUCUACGAUAGCCUCGUUCUACAGCCAGCCCACGGCCAUGAUCCUUUUCAACGGAAAUGCUGUCGCCGAUGGAGCCGCUGUCCAGGAAAUUUUCGUCAACCAAAUGUCCCCGACGCAUUAUGAAGUGCAGUCUGUUGAUUGCCAGAUUAUCAACAAGGCGUAUCCGACACCUACAUCCACUGGAGUGAAGCUCCCCACUGAAACGACUGUCAAGGACAUGUCUAUCUUGGUGGUCGUUAGCGGCUAUGUGCGCUUUGGAGAGUCCAGAGAUCUGCCGCAACGAGGCUUCAGCGAGACCUUUGUGCUGGUGCCCAAUCCAUCCGCCGACGGGCCCAAGGGAAAGCGCAAGCGAGAGUGGCUUAUCCAAACCCAGAACUUCCGGCUCGUCGUAUGA